CUAGCUUUAUUCCAAUUUUCGUUAUCUAGUUUUAUAACACAAGAUUAGCAUGUAAAAGAAAGAAAUAGUAGAAAGAAAAAGCUAGUUUUAACCCUAGCUUACUAGAUGCUUGUGGAAAAAUUCAUGUUCUGAAGACGUAGUGACAGUAGACAUUUGAUUCUUGAAACAAUAGAAAGCAUGUAAUGAUGAUCUUUUGGUAUCUCUUUCUUUCUUUUUGGGUUGACAACAGUUUGAACCUCUAAUUCUUACACUACCAAGAUAGACACACAACGGUUGAGCUAGUGACCUAAUGGAUCUAUUAUCUGUUGCAAACCACUCUCCAAAUGAUACAAUCAUUUAUAAUUCUGAUAUGAAAAAAAAGCCUUAUUUAGUCUAUUACCACUAACGUUGGUGCAUUUCAUGACGCAAUUAAUCAUAACGUCAGGGCAGCCAGAAGACUAGGUUGUAACCGGAGGAGGAUCAUGAUGGCCGGAAAUGGACAACUUUCAGUUCCUCCAGGUUUCCGAUUCCAUCCAACCGAUGAGGAACUUGUGUACUAUUAUCUAAAGAAGAAGGUGUCCUAUGAAGCCAUUGACCUUGAUGUUAUUAAGGAAGUGGAUCUCAACAAACUUGAGCCAUGGGACCUUAAAGAUAAAUGCAGAAUUGGAUCUGGUCCUCAAAAUGAAUGGUAUUUCUUCAGCCACAAGGACAAGAAAUAUCCAACAGGGACAAGAACGAAUAGGGCAACCACAGCUGGUUUUUGGAAAGCAACAGGAAGGGACAAAGCCAUCCAUCUUAGCAAUACCAAGAGGAUUGGCAUGAGGAAAACCCUAGUUUUCUAUACAGGACGUGCUCCUCAUGGCCAAAAAACUGAUUGGAUCAUGCAUGAGUACCGCCUUGAUGAUGACCAAAGCUCCCACGUUCAGCUGCAGGAAGAUGGAUGGGUCGUGUGCAGAGUUUUCAAGAAGAAGAAUCAAAAUAGAGGUUCCUUAGUAGAAGAAUCAAACUACUCUUGCAUGAUGAAGGGUAACGCUUCUUCUUCAUCAAUAUUGGACAUGGAGCCCAACAAACAGAAUCAUAUUCAACCACUAUAUGAUUACAAUAAUAAUAAUAGCUUUGACGGUUCCAUGCAUCUUCCGCAGUUAUUCAGUCCAGAAUCGCCCUUUAUUUCACCACCUAUUUCUUUAAACACUAUGGAUAUCGAGUGCUCUCAAAACUUGCUGAGGCUAACAUCAUCAACCGGUUGUGGACUUCUGCAACCAGAAAGGUUCAAUGGCGAUUGGUCAUUUCUAGAUAAGCUUCUUGCUUCUCAUCAAAGCACCCUCGAUCAUCAUCAUCAUUCCCAAUGCAAACCCAAUCCUUCAUCUCAUGUUGUUGAACAUCAUCUACCUCACAAGUUCCCAUUUCCAAAUUAUCCAAGUAGAAAUUAACACUGUUAUUGCCAAUCUAGCUCCUUAGCUCCUUAUAUUUUAUCUAUAAAUAUAUAUCUAAUCUUCCUAAGUUGUGGACCAAAUAUUUUUAUGUAUUCAUAUAUAUACUAGUGCUUAAUUUGUCAAAUUUUUGUGUUUGCUAUUUCAUGAGUUGCUAUUUUUUUCUUUUUGGGAUUUUCUACAAUUACGCCACUCCACUGUCUUUUGGAUAUAAGACUAAUCUCAUUUCAAGACAAUAUAAAUUGACAAUUACGAAUGAUAUGUUAUGUAUUUACCUACUUUCGGUAUAUGUACCCUAUUACACCAAACUAAUUAAAAAUAAAGUUUUUUUUUUCUUUUU